GUGAUGUUCUCCUUCGAAGCUGGCCGGCGCUGUGACUCUGGCCCAGGCAACUUCACCUUUGAGACCAAGCAGGGCAACGAGAUCUUCCGCCUGGUGGAGGCCUCCAUCCGGGAGCAGAAAGCGCAGGUGGAGGAGAACCGGCAAAGCUGCGACUCGCUGGAGUCAGACAGCCCCAGCGUGGUGCUGAUCCGCCAGGCCCUGGCCGACUCCCUGAGCCUGGAGCUGCCCGCGGAGGGGGAUGACUCCCAGGACCAGUCUGUGGAUGAGUGCAGCUUGUCACCUGUGUACGAGGACUUGGGGGAGAUCUAG